AUGUUUGCUGAUAUAGAUGAAAAGAUUGGAAAAGAUGAUGAUAUGUUUGCUAGUGACAAUGAAAACACUACCGGAAGAUCAAAUGGAAAUGAGAAGAAUAGUGAGGAAGAAGGAGAAGAUUUUGAUGACGAUUAUUAUAAUAGUGUUGAAGAUUUUGAGAAUCGAGAAUUUAGAAACAAGAAUCUACCGAAAAUAGAAGCAUUUAGUAUGAAAGAUGAUGAAGGUAUAGUUGACGAGGAUGGAAACUAUCUACCUCAAAAAGAAGAAAGCGAUGAAGAGGAGAAAUGGUUAGAUGAAUAUAAAAAUUCAGAUAUAAAGAAAGCAAAACAAGCUCAACAGGAAAGAUUAGAGAAGUUGAAUGAGUCGAAAUCUGUUAAUAUGGAACCCAUAGAUGAAAUACUAUCAGAAUUGAUAGAGUUGCUAGAGCCGGUAGAAACUUCAUUUGAAGCAUUAGCAAGACUAAAUAUUAAAAUAAAGAAGAAAAAUAAGAAAACUCAAGAUCAACAACUACAGACACAGAUUAAGAAAGACAUACAAAGAAUUACAGAUUUGUGUUCUAUAUUAUCCAAUAAAAAAUCAAUGAAUGACGUAUAUGACUUAACGAAGGAAGAAUUAAUGAGACUUUAUGAAAGAGAAACAGGAAAAUCCUACAAUCGAGGGAUCAAAAGACCAAGAGAAGAAGAAGAAAACGAAGAAGUAAAUCAAGAAGUCGAAGAUUAUGGAGAGAAAGUAUGGGAAUUCAAAUGGAUUGGAGAAGAUGAAAUAUACGGAUCAUUCUCAGCAUACGAGAUGA